UUUAUUAUUUGGCAGCACAUACCCAAUUCAGUAAAGACACGAAACAGAGAGGUCCCCAUCUCUUCAGUCUUCCCUUAUCUGAGUGACUGAUGAACAAAGCAGACUACAUAUUACGCACCAACAACGACAGCACUCAUCAUCGUAUGCUAUUUCUAUCUCUCUGAUCUCUCUCCCUCUCAUGGCGAUCGCAGCAGCUUCUUCACUCCCCUUAGGUCCUCAUUGUCAUUUAUGUCAUGCAGAAGGGGUAUGUUGCUCAACAUCCCAUGGGAUAACAAACAGCUGGUUGAGACCUUCUUUUGAUGUUGGAAGAGUUCCUGAUCCUGUUGGCUUAAGUUUUAGAUGCAAAAAUCCAUUUUUGGGAUCAACACAAUUCCAUUGGCUCUCUAUGGGACAUGAUCUUUGCCUUUCAAAAGUUUCAGUCGCUGCAGACUAUCCAGAUUCUGUACCUGAUUCUUCUAGUUACAUGAGUAACCAAGCUUAUCAUCCUCUUGAAGAAGUUAAAGAUUCCAGAAGAAUCCGGGAAACUAAACUUACUUCUGCUGAAAUAGCAAGGAGCACAGUUGAGGCUAACAGCUGUGCUUGGCUGGUAUUUCCUGGAACGGUACAUUGUGAACCACACGAACAAAUUUCAUGGGGUGAAUUUCAAUAUGUUAUCGAUGACUAUGGAGAUAUAUUUUUUGAAAUUUUUGAUGAUACAAACAUCUUAGAAGACUGUGGAGCAAGUAACCCUGUGAAUGCUUUGUUUGGAAUGGAGAUCCCAAUAUAUGAAUACAGAAGGAACACUGGUGAAUUCAACAUUUCUGAAAGUGGCAAUAGCAAUGAGACCCUUUUUGAAGAUGAUUAUUUUGAGGUUGUAGGUUCUGAAUUGUCUGAGGUUUCAGUGGACUGGGGAAUGCCAGAUACUUCUACCUUGGUUCACCCUAUUUAUUUUUCUAAAUGCUUGACAAAGGCUGCUAAUAUGGAAUACAAUAAAACAAUGGAUUAUCCAUCAAAUGGUGUUUCUAUUGUGGGCUGCCUCAGACCUGCUUUUGCUGACGAAGAAUCAUAUAUAAGAACGCUUUUUCAUUGUGUAGAUAGUGAUGGAUACAACUCAGACUGGAAAGAUGGAGAAAUCUUAAGCUUGAAUUCCGAAAGUGAUCAAGCAAACACUGGCCCAACGCUGUACAGGUUGGAGAUUAUGAGAAUAGAGCUAUUCUCUGUUUAUGGCAUCCAGUCUGAAAUUAGCUUGCAAGAUUUUCAAGAUGCUGAGCCUGAUGUUCUUGUACACUCUACACCAGCAAUUGUAGAGCGGUUCAGUGAGAAGGGUAUUAGUUGCGAUGUUGCUCUUAAAGUACUUUGCAAAAAGAAGGGCCUUGAUAUUGAGGGAGCUCAUUUGAUUGGGGUUGACAGUCUGGGCAUGGAUGUUAGGGUUUUCUCUGGGGUGGAAGUACAAACACAUCGUUUUCCUUUCAAAGUCCGGGCAACGUCCGAAGCCGCAGCUGAAAAGCAGAUUCAGCAACUCUUGUUCCCACGGGCUCGCCGCAAGAAAUUAAGAACUCUUGGGGUUGGAGUUCGGGAUGUGGAUCCUUUUUAAUUCUUCCAUUGUGCUCUCUUGAGGAUUGGUUUCGAGAUUACCUCAGGCUUAACUUAUUUAGAAGGGGUCACUCUCUCUCUCUCUCACAAACACACACACACACACACACUGCUUUCAACUCAUUGCUUAUGCCUUGACCAGUGAUAACUUUAUGUUCUUUUAGUUCCUUGUACUAAUGUUUUUGUAUGUUAAUUUGAUAAUGUACAGAAGAACGGUUGAGUUUGUUUCUAAUACUGGCCAGUGUAUCCAUAGAAUAAAUGGCUGGCUGAACUGCAGCCGUUUUUUUGGUCCAAUUCUCUCUAAAGUUGAAAUUAAUAUGUAUAUAUGGAAAGCUUGACCAUCUGAUAGCAA